AUGGCAUACACCAUUCAAAGACUCCAGCAAGUGAAGCGACUAUUCCUCGGCGUGAAAUCUACCCAUUACGAGAACUUCGACGAUUGGAUUCGAACCAAAUAUUCCCUGCGGAAGCGAACGACUCAAACCCAAACAUUAUGUUCCACCUGGAUCGACAAUGACGAUACAGACGACUACGACCCUCGAGCUGACAAGCGGGCGUUGAAGAGAAAGUGUCCGGCUCGAGUAGAUGAUUCGGGAUCCAGUAGACCAGCAAAAAAGGCCAGACCUCCAUCCAGAUUGAUCGUGACGAUGUGCAUAAAGUCUGAUGCUGGGAAGGCUUUUCUUUCAUCGCUUCCGUUUUAUCAUGAUGGUCCUCACCAUGAUGGAGGGGGCUUGAUGGAGAUUGACGCCGUCGGUUCAGCUUCAGGAUCGCGAUAUGCCUUCAGAAAGCGGGAUAAAACGAACGAUGCGGACAUCGAUGUAGACCUGGGUCACCCGGCAGCCCGAGGAUGCAAAUCAUGCUGGGAACUCAAUCAGGAGUGUUCGCUUUUGGACAGCCCGCUCGAUUACCCUUGUGAGUUUUGCAGCGAUGAUGAGAUUGACUGUGUGCUCAUAAUUUCGCCAGUCUGGAAGAGGACGUGCGAGAACUGCAAAAGGAUCAAAAAGGGCUGUUCCUAUAACCAUGAGAAAAGUGACCAUAGCUUGCCGUGUAGAAUCUGCCAGCAACAAGGAAUUCGGUGCAUUGCUGGUCCUGCAAAGUAUAUACCAAAAGCCUCUGAACCAGCGCAAGAUAGCCAGGUUGGUAGCCAUUCUGGAACCGAGGAAGUUCCAAUUCAAGCCGUUCAACCUCAGCCUGCGGACAACCCUAACGAAACUGGAUCUGCAUCUUCACUUGCGAGCGAACCAAGUGAGCCAAAAGAAUCAGAAAAAACAGGCAGUAUUGGUAUAACUCGCAUGAUCCAGACUUCUUAUGCCCACCCAAUGGACUUUGCCUAUGAACCUCCCGAAGAUGGAACUGAUCCCUGCAACUGGUGCAACAAUUUUAUAUACGGCCUUGUAGGUCUAGGAAGAAAAACAGUUGAAGUGAUGGACUUUGGCGAUGGCAAUUAUUAUGAAGUCGAUGGUGGCCAUGUAAGCCAAGGUCACAAGCCCAGCCGCAUGUGUGUGACAUGCGCCCUCGAGAGAAUCCAUAUCAUGCGAUGCUCGAGUCAUCGAGUCAUCCCCUUGCAGGGCUAUGACAUUGAAUCUUUUAAUUUCGACGCUGCGUUUGAGAGUCUAGUCCCUGGGCCAGGACAAGACACACCAGCGAUGAUAAAUCCAUGGUGCUCAUUGUGUCCGAAUCCGGCGUUUUAUGGGUGUGCCACCACCCAGUCGGUCAACAAAUUCCAGGAAGCAGUCGAUGCCUCCUCUUCCGAGGCGACAGGAUGCGGGUUGCUACUUUGUGAAAGAUGCGAGUUACUCAUGCGAGCUUAUAAUGGAAAUCUUGCACGGGUCGUCGCAAGGACGAAACAGGAGGAUGAAGAGUUUGGCUGUCGCGCUGACGUUGGCUUUCUUUUGCCUGGAAAUGAGAUGUAUCGCUUCUAUACCGACACAUAG